UGCUCAGUGAGCAAGUAUUUUGACAUGUUCUUCCUCUAUCAGUUGAACACACACACAGCAAACCAAUAAGCUGCAUUCACAUCCCCUCCACAUGCAGAUAUAGAUAGAUAUCACACUAAGACUCUUGUUCCCAGCCUAACAAGCAAGGAUAAACAACAGGUUAUUGGCAGAACACUUGACUGAUGAUAUGGAACAUUCAAGCAUGUUCCUGUAACUGUCAUUCAUCAUUGGCAACAAUGAGUGUAGCACGUGACUCGUGUUACUUUGUAGCACAGUGCGAAUUGUUUCAAAUGUGAUACAUCUUGGAAGGUGUGACUUGCGCGCUACUACUACCGUGUACAGAAUGGGCCAAACGUGCCGUGGUCUCUCGUACUCCACCGCCGCUCCAGGCAAAGCGAAGUGGAAACCAACCGAAACAUCCAAACGACUCCCUAUUCGCAGAUGUACCAGCGAGGAGCGAAGGUGUGACCGGUUUUACAGGAAUCGGAGGAAAACGAAGCAGUUGCCUUCGCCAAGCACAGGUCAACCAGAGGUAGGGCUGGUAAUCGGAUCAGGAAAUUCGGAAACCCUUCGUGGUCACGGACGGGGGAAGUUGUUGAGAGGCCAGACUGAGUCGGGGGUAGUGGACCACACCACCCCGGUCGCCGAAUAUCCAUCUGGAAUUAAUUAUGAACAUAUACAGGCUCUCGACUGUGACGCUGUGAGCAAGGGAGCGGUCGACUCGUCCUUCGAUGCGACGGGCUUGGAAACACGGGCCAGAGGAUUCGACAGAACCCGCUGCGCAGUUACGCAGCGCAGCGGCCCAGAAACAACGGGAGAAGACCAUGUCUGGAAUGCCCCGGCUAGGGCCAUGGAAAACCAGCCAUUCGGAUUUGAUAAACAGGGUGGGGUUGCUUCGGAGGUCAGGGGGGUAUCGGGGGCUGUACAACCGGAUGGUUCAGUCCAUUGGCGCACAUCUGACAAGGAGAAUUUAAGACGGACCCUGGCAUCACUGAGCUUGCGUUUGGACGAACCUCUCACAAACGGCGUGUCAGAACCGAUACGGUAUGAUAUACCCCACACAGAGGUAGAAAUGACCAAAUCUAACUUUCUCACUGCUUCCCGUGAGCCCGAAGCUGUCAGGAAAAAUGAUCAAAACAGUUGUUCAUUUGAGUCGGGGAACCAGGAGGACCCGUCGACCAACUCUCCAACACAGCCACACGGACAGGUCCAAAGUCCACUAGGUAGCCAAAGUUUCCCCGGUACUAUCCCAAAGCUUAUUAUAACCAGAGAUCUAAGCCCCAGUCUGACCCAGGAAACACUAGAUCCAAGGACCAUGGGACUCGGAGUCGGUGGAUCAUCGCUGGGACCACACGCCGAUGAGUCCCCAUGCUCGGACAGUGGCUGCGGAGGCUCCCCGGCGCUAAUGCGCUUUCACAGAAAGCUCUCCAACUCGUCCUCCGCCGGCUGCUUGUCCUCCGCCUCGUCCUUUGAGGAGUCCGAGGAUGACUUCACCGGCAGCGACAUCGAGCCCAGCCUGUCCCCAGUCAUAUGCAACACGCUGGGCAGCCCAGACGAAGGCUCGGGGACCAAGCAGUGGCAGAAGCUGAAAACUAUGGUGCACUGGUCUCCCUUCGUUGUGUCCUUUAAGAAGCGCUAUCCCUGGGUGCAGCUCGCCGGCCACGCAGGUAACUUCCAUGCGGGGGAGUAUGGGCGUUUGUUGAAGCGUUACUGUGAGUGUGAGCAGCUGUGCCUGUCGAAGCUGAUGGGGGACACACUGCGGCCCUAUGUCCCUGGCUACUACGGCGUGGUGCAGAGGGACGAACAGGACUACAACCUAAUGGACGACCUCCUGGCUGACUUUGACUCUCCCUCCAUCAUGGAUUGCAAGAUGGGCAGCAGGACUUACCUGGAGGAGGAGCUACUGAAGGCCAGGGAGCAUCCGCGGCUCCGCAGGGACAUGUAUGAGAAGAUGGUGGCCGUGGACCCCGGGGCCCCUACGGAUCAGGAGAGAGCCCAACAAGGCAUCCUGAAGCCCAGAUACAUGCAAUGGAGAGAAACCCUCAGCUCCACUGCCACCCUGGGCUUCCGUAUCGAGGGCAUCAAGAGAGCAGACGGGACGUGUAACACCAACUUUAAGAAGACCAAACACAGGGAGCAGGUCAUGCAGGCCCUGGGAGACUUUGUGGAUGGGAACAUUCAGAUCCUGAAAGUCUACCUGCAACGUCUGAAGGAGCUGCGAUCCGUGCUGGAGAAAUCACAGUUCUUCAGAACACAUGAGGUGGUGGGCAGCUCCCUGCUGUUUGUGCAUGAUGCGUCGGGGCAGGCCCGUGUGUGGAUGAUAGACUUUGGGAAGACUGUGCCCCUGCCUGACCUCCUCACCCUGGACCACCGGACCCCCUGGAUGGAGGGCAACCACGAGGAUGGCUACCUGUGGGGUCUGGACAAUCUCAUAGACAUCCUCAGUACCAUGCUCCCCCCCAGCCCUUGAGAGAGAGAGAGAGAGAGAACACUCUCAUCUUUGUCAGAGCAGAGGAUGUCGUUGGGGUCGAACAGAUGGAACUGGUCAUUACCCAAAGUAGAUGUGAGACUGGAGAGAUGGAAAAGACGAUGACCGUGAAAGAGAGCGAGGGAGCACAUGGAGCAGGGUGGACAGAGUGAGGAACCAGUGGUGUGUCAUCCCUUCUCUCAUUAUAAGAGCUAUGACGUCAACUAUCACUGCCACACACACACACUACCUGCAUAUUAUCACAAGUAUGAUGAUAAUGUACUGAACUUUUCCAAUGAGAUAUAUCCUCCUCAAGUGACCUUAGAGGAGCAAUGUUUUAUUUUCACUAUGGACCACUUGACUUUAUGCUUUUAAAACUAUUUUAUAUAUAUGUCAACACUAGAAACACUGGAAAAACAUGUAUAUUUUCAACUUUAUCCGGUGCUCAGCCUUUUAAUGUAAAUACAGUUCUAUUUAAUUUGUUUGGCUUCACAAAUAGCCUCUUUACUCUUUGUACUUUUUUUCUGUGCCUAGAUAGGUUUUUUUGUGUUUUUUUUUUAUCAUUCCAAAGUUUGCUGGAGAGUUAACCCAAAGUAUGAACUGAUGUGUGUAACAUAUUUUUUUCUAAGUUGGUUUGACCCAUGGUGAAAACUGGAAGCUGUUGUUGAUUAGUCUGACCUGCGUAUUGGCGGAGUUGACCCAGCAGAUAAAUUAACAGUGAUUCCCAACCAGGGGUACUAGGACCCCUGGGGGUACUUGGUCCAUCCACAGGGGGUACUUGAGAAGACUCAGGAGACCAUAGGACUACUGGUAAAAUGCACACGAGGGGGUACUUCAGGGGUACUCUGGGCAGAGCAACAUUCAGUUGGUGGUACGGUAACACGAAAAAGGUUGGGAACCACUGAACUAAUAGAUAAGAUAAAUGUUUUUUCUUCUUUAAUUUCCCUCCUAGUGGGCACAUGCCUUGGUGGUCACGAUAACUAGACUGUAUUGCACAAAUGGGUACCUCACAAAAGCCACUGAACAAAACUAGCCCUGCCUGUGUGUCCCUGAAUAUGGAUUCGGUCUGGUGUCCCAGGUUCUUUUAUAAGCAAACCAUUUCCCGGUGAAUGUCAGUUGACUCAUCUGUAUAAUUGUGAUCAUUACUCCUUUAGUUCAAUGAUACUUACUUUUUCUGGGAUGGGUAACGAUUGGCCUGACAACUGAAAUUACUAGUUGAACAAGUCACCUGAAACUGGAAUGAAUGAGCUACUGAUUCUUAUGACACGUUCAUCCACACAUCAGACUUUAAUGUGAAUCUGAUUUAAUAUAGAAUGAUUGAGAUCAAAGAUGACAUUGUGGUGACUAUUUUUUUCUAAUUGAAGGAGGAUUCUGAAUCUGCCCUUCUUUUGGUACACUUUUUCUUGAGAUAAUGUUGGUUUAACACUACCAUUCCUCUAAGUUUAGAUAUAAAUAUGCAAACACAAACGACAGUGACAGUCGUCAGUUUUUAAUGCGUUUCUGCUGAUGACCGUAUUUGACACCUUUUCUGAACGGUGUCAGGUCUUGUGUCUCUGGAUUUGUAGAUCUGUCAGCCAACAUUCCCAUCCAAGUCUUACUCCAUAUUUUUCAACAGUCAGACAACAGUGUUUGUGUAUUUGUGGUGUGAGCAGAUUUCUCUAGCUAGGAAAUAGAGGGGUUCUGUGUGUGACUGACUGAUAUGUUGAUGUCAGCAUUGACAUCAUGGAACUGGAAUCCUGUUUCUACUGUUGACAUCUCUCAAAUAUUCCACACCAUAAAAGUACACAUUUUGGGAGUAUAUAUUCUGGAACAAUGUAUUGUUUACAAAGUCUAUCUUAAGUACCAUGUAUCCUCUUCUUUAUCUUAACCUGACAGUUACCAGCUUUCAGACUGCUUGGGUUGUGUGUGGCUGAGAGCUGGACUGUGUAUUAGGGUAGGUCUACGAUGUAUAUUUUAUCGUUUGGAUAAGUCUUUCCUCUGUGCUGUACUUCAGGAGACAGUGCAUUACAAGAUGCUGGGGGACACAACUAUGAAUGUUAAGAGGAUUGAGACUGGUCCUUGCUCUCUUUGUCUAGAAUACCAUGGAUUGCAAUAAACUGGAACUAAAAGCUCAAGUCUUUCUAAUCUGAAA